AUGGACUGCGAUCCGGUGCAGAUACUCUUCGCGAAGACGGUCGGCCCCGUGAAGGACACGUUCAUUGUGUACAACUCGCAAGGGAAGAGUAAGGGCAUGGCAGUCGUCGCAUUUGCGAAACCGGAAUCCGCGGCCCUUGCGAGGGAGAAGUAUAAUGGAAAGAUCGUUGAUGGCCGUCGACCGAUCAAGAUUGAAAUCAUCAAGGACGACAAUGAGAUACCCUCCGCCGCGCCCGAGAAGAAGUCGUUGUCACUGCUCGAACGCAUAGGUCAAACAUCCAAAUCCGCGAAGCUGCGGACGAAAAAGGGGCCGAAGCGGAUUCAAAAGCAGCAACAGCGGAAGGUAGUCACGGCGGAGCAACUCGACCAGGAGAUGGAGGACUACCGGGCGAGCACGGAUACCGUAUGA